GAAAGAAAAUUAUCAGAAAGAGCAGGGGGUGCUGCCCUCCACUUAUACAGACGCUGAUAAAAAGUCUGGUUCCUUCACUGAGAAGUUCACAUCAUUUGAGCUUGUUAAAAUGGAGGGUUCCUUGAUGGGGUACAACUUUUUAGGUAGUUCGGGACUAAAGGUGUCCAACAUUUGCCUGGGUACCUUGACAUUUGGAGAGCAUAAGGAAGGUCGGCCCGGUAACCUGAAUGAGACAGCCGCCCACGCCAUGAUGGACAGGUUUGCCGAGUUAGGAGGAAACUUCCUGGACACGGCCGACAUGUACCAGAGAGGAGAGUCCGAGGAGAUAGUGGGAACUUGGCUUCAGAAACAAGAUCGGGAGAAAUUCGUGGUGGCCACGAAAGUGUUUCUGCAGAUGGAUCCUAAUAACCACAAUAGUGUAGGAUUGGGCAGAAAACACAUCAUGCACGGCGUGGAACAGAGUCUGAAGAGGCUGCAGACUGAUUACAUUGACCUCUACUAUACCCACAUAUGGGAUAACGCUACUCCCGUAGAACAGACUCUCCGCACUCUCAACGAUCUUGUACGUGCCGGUAAAGUUCGCCAUAUUGGCGUUAGCAACGUGACGGGGUGGCAGCUACAGAAGAUUGUGGAACAUGUCAAGUUGAUGGGGUUGGAAAGCGUCGUUUGUCUACAGCAACAGUACAGCUUGUUUACCCGGGAAACAGAAUAUGAACUAUUGGAUGUGUGUAUGAAUGAAGGGAUCGCGUUCUUACCAUGGAGUCCUUUGAAGGGUGGUCUUUUAAGUGGAAAAUUCAAGCGGGACAUGGCAGGACCAGGCGAUCCAAGGGCGAGCAGAAUUGGCUGGGCAAGUGAGAAACCCGAGACACGGCAAGCGGAGAGCCACCCCUGUUGGGACCAUUUUAACAAUGACAGGACUUGGAACCUUCUGGAAGCCAUGGAAAGAAUGGGGAAGGAGCAUGGUAAAACCGUGGCUCAAGUCGCCCUCCGCUGGCUCCUUCAGAGACCCACAGUGUCUGCUGUGAUAAUAGGAGCCACCAAGAUAUCACAACUGGAGGACAAUAUCGGGGCCUCCACUGGCUGGGAGCUCACACAGGAACAGGUAUGA